AUGCCUUGAAAGACAUCCUUGCUUUUCCAUGUCAGUCAGUCUGCCUGCUAGGCGUACACAUGUGAGUGUGAGCGUUUGUGUGUGUUCUCCAUUUGCGGACAUGCUGUUUAGUGUUUUACAAAGAAAACAAUGAGAAACCUCUUAUUGUCCUGGUGGAAUGUGGCAGAAGACAACGAGGGAAGUAUGUCAUCGCCUCAAGUGCUUGGCACCAAUGUCCAGUCAGCUUGCACCAUGACACACCACAGAAUGAGAGAGACAGGUAAACAAAAAGACAAAGAAAGAGAGAUGUGACCAUAAACAGUCCUGCACUACAGCCAAAGCAAAUGAGGAUAGUGUGUGCGUUUGUCAGAAUUCAGCUUACAGAAAUUUCACUUUCUAAAGCAGGACCAUAUUCUACACAGUCUGCUGUUCAGAUACAUGAUGAUCAUGUUUGUGGAAAUCUCAUGAUGUUGAUUCAAAAGUUCGAAUCGAGGAGUGGAACCAUGCACUGACAAAAGAGUGGAGACCGCAUACCGCCAGACAACCCUUGAGAUGGAGCUUCUCCCUCUGAGUGUGAUGAGUCCUGGAGCUCACCUUCAUCUGCAAGCGGACCCUUUGUGGCUCCAGCGCCAAGCCAUGGAGGAGCAGGUGGAGCUGUGGUGGUUCAACAAGCCGCAUGUCUCUCUCCUGUGUUACUGCUUUUCUGUGGCCAUGGUUCUGAGCCUGGGUUCGGCUGGUGUGGGGCUCCUCUCGACCGCCUCUUCUUCCGUGGGGCCCUCGGUACUGUGGCGCUUGGGCGUAGGAUCUACUCUCUGCCUCCUUGCGCUGGUGGUCCUCAUGAAGCAGUUGCUCAGCUCUGCCGUGCAAGACAUGGGAUGCAUUCGCAGCCGCAGACGUAUCGAGCAGCUGCGGAGUGGAGGAACGGCAGAUCCCGUACUGUUGCUCUUCACUGGCUUGGCACUGGUGGUCUGUGGGACUACGCUUCUCAGUCUCACUGAGUCAGACAUGUUGCUUUCUGGUGUGACCCUCCUGGCCAGUGGGGGCGCUGUGGUGCUAGGUGUGAUGGCAUAUGGAGUGAUGGUUUAUGUGCAGGGAAGGAGAAACGUGAGGAGGCGAAGACGACAAAGGGUGAGAGUGUAUACGGUGACAGGGCAAAGGAACCGUCCGUGGAGGGAUUCAACAUCUAGUCAGUCGAAUUUGUUAUGAGAGAAGUAUCGAGAAUUCCAUUUGCCUCUGGUUCCUACAUGAUAAUAAAAAUUUGCACAUGUGUGUAAAACACAGUAAAUGGGCUUGUUCUGUGUUCAUUUUACACCUGCAAAACAAAUGGCAUCUUGUAUUCUCUGUAGUUUCGCUAGAAGACAUCUUUGACAAUCAAACGCCUCCUAAGCAAAUAAUAGCAUUGCCAUUUCGUGUUUUUUACGUUUUAUCUUCUCAACGCCAGGCAAUGGAACACCCUUAUAGUUGGAAGUCAAUGACAUGAAGUAGGAAUAUCCCAUAUCCAUAUAAGUAUUCUGAAUGGAAAGCAUGUGCAGUAGUUUACAACAAAGUACACUCCUUUGAAUACUACAUUCAACUUCACCGUGUCAAAAAGUAAGUGUACUAUUCUGUUGUUGACAUGAAGUGUGUCCCACACAGCUGUCUACAUGUGGCGCCAAAACCAAAAGUGUCAACAGUUAUUUCUACACUUGUUCCAGAGUAAACCAGCUCAUAUUUUGUUGAAUGGCCUAAACAAUAAUUAGUAUACACACUUUGCUGAAUAAAUCUAUGAAAUCUAUAUACAGCUGUAUAAAAUAAAAGUGGUAGCCUAUACAUGUAAUGUCGUUUAGCAAUACUAAAUACAAAAACUGUUAUGAGCUCUUCAUAAUUCUGUUAAUUCACAUAACUAAAUACAUUUUAUGGUCAUUUUAUGUCAUUGUGAAAUCUAUGUAAAUACUGUAAGCAUCUUUGUUAUCAGAGUGUGGAAGUGUGGAAACGACAGUGUCUUUUUUCAUUUCAUUUUGAAUACUUCCUUUCAAAUUCUUUCUGGCAUAUAUUCAAGGGAAAAGCCACAAUGGCAAAUAAAGACUGUAUGGUAAACAAUUAUUAUGGAUGGAUUAAUUACAUAAAUUUGAGGUGUGAUCAUAAGAAAACAAAUCUAAGUGCUGCAAAAAAAGAAAGAAAAAAAAGAAGAAAAAAGACUCAUCUGACUGAACGGAAGGCAGAAAUAGAAUAACUGGAUGACAUUUGACAAAAUGUGCAGACCACACUCAUUGGAAUAGCUUACUAUAUACCAGAAUGCAAUGUGUUUGACUUCACCUGAAGAAUGGACCAGAACUGCUAGUGUACUAGCAUACUACUCAUACUACCUGGUACUACUGUAGCAAAAUGCCUAUGCUAUUCUAAAUUCAGCCAUUGUCUUGACUUGAAGCUGUUAUGUCUACUGUGCAUGUGUGUCUGUCAUUCCUCACAGUUGUCUACAGAUGGCGCCAAAACCUAAAAGUCCAAACUUAUUUCUAUACAUUUAUUUCUACAUAUUUAUAUUUCUGUUUCAGACUAGCUUAUUCAAUGUACCAACUCACAUUUGUUGAAUGACAGAUGUAUUAAGUAUGCACUGUUAUAGGCUCUUCACGAUUGUUUUAAUUCACCUAAACUAAAUCAAUUUUAAGCAGUUAUUCUAAGCAGAAACAGUAAUUUAGAAAUGCUUUUAUUGUGAAGUCUAGUUGAGCUGUUGUGUGAACUGUGUGAUAAUAAGGAAACAAAUCUUUGUGAAGCGCUGCAAAAUGUAUUCGUAAACUUCACCUGAAUAUGAAUAUUCGGAAUUUAAUACAAGUUAAAGGGUUAGUUCACCCAAAAAUGAAAAUUAUGUCAUUUAUUAGUCACCCUCAUGCCGUUCCACACCUGUAAGACCUUUGUUCAUCUUCAGAACACAAAUUAAGAUAUUUUUGAU